AGCGACAGGCGCGGGGUGAACCGGAGCCGGAGCCGGUGCGGAGGCUGCCGCCGCCGCCGCUCCACGGGUGUUCGGCUAAACGUUAGCUCCUCGGCGUGCGGUAACGCUGUCUGACGCCCGUUACACAACACGGCGGCGCGUUAACAGUCUCCACAACAACCAGAGUGCCGGAAAAGGCCGAGCAACGGCGCGAGUUGACCCGAGGGAGACGCGACGAGACUGGCCGUUAGCCGCGGAGCCCGCGGCGGCGCGAGGGUCCGUUAGAGGAGCGCUGGGAGCCCGGCUGGCCGCGGGGCCGCUGGAGCUAGCUCACCUCCACUCCGUGCUCCUCGCGGGCGCCUACAACUAUUAUUCAACCCCCGCACUGACUCUUUCCCCAUCGUCCUGGAGGAGUUGCGGGUGACUGUUGAGAAACUUACUCGUGGCCUUUUCGCGCCGUGGGAGUGGGUGGUGAUUUAAGCUAGCAGCGCGGCUAAUACAACUUGGCUGCACAAGUUGCGGCGCGCACGACGCCUCGGCUGCAGUGAUUCAACCUGCGGCGCUCGAGGACACGGAGCCGCUUCGUGCGUCCACCUGCCCGUGUGGGCGCUGGGCGCUUCCCAGACUGGGUGAAUUCAGAACUGAGAGGAGAACCUGACAUAAAAACCUGGCUGGGACUGCUGAGGAGGACCUCUGUGUAGGUUCACGCGGCUGUCAGCAGGGUGGAGCUUUCUGACCCAUGGAGAAUUACUUUCAGGCCGAGGCCUUCAACCUGGACAAGGUGCUGGACGAGUUUGAGCAGAAUGAAGAUGAGACGGACACUCCCAUUCUCUCUGAUGCCAAGUGGACGCAGAUCUUGGCCCCACCGGCCCACCUGCUCUCUCUGAAUCCCGCUUUAGCCCACUCGGACCUCAGUCCACAAACUGCGCUGCCUAUCAAAACUCUCCCUGACCCUUCUUCUGGCGCCUCCCCAGGGGCCGACCCCAAGAGACAUCUAGGUCCUGAACCUACCUGGGUAGAGGAGAGGCCUGCCGACAUCCAUAGCCCGCCGCUCCCCCAGCCCAACAUCGGCAAACUGGUGGGGACAGACGACCUGUCGCCGCCCCCUUUGACGGCAUGCAGUGCCGUGGAGAAUGGCUGCCAUGCAAGCUCCCAUGAUGAGCUCAGCAAAGAUCCGAGUUCCCCUCCAGACGUUCAGCCUGGUCCCUCAUAUCAGGAGGUCAAAUGUCAAAAGGAUGCGGACGUAGCUUCAACUGUGGGAGGAGGUGAUGCCACUGUUAGUCAGUCUCACUUUACAUUUGAGGUUGGAUUAGAACAGGAGCCAGCUGCAACUAAGAAGACUCAUUCAAAUGCACAACCAACAACAGAAAAUGAAGAAGGUGUCAAAGAUGUGGCCAUUAUGGCUGUUUUCCAAGACUUUAGUCCAAAGAGACGAAGUGCAAACUCAACUGAGGAGCAGGUAGAGGUUCUCAUGAAUGGAGAGAGAGAUGUUGAGGCUGAUUGUGAUGCAGAGGAGAAUGAUGUGUCUGCCCCUGACAGGACCGGAGUAGAGAAGAUGAGAUGUGGUCCAGAGGGAGGUGCAGACCAGCUUCUCAGAAUAACAAAUCAUCCAAAUGGUUUGGAACAGGAGAGCAGCCACUCCAGACUGAAAGAGGAAGAGGAGGAGGAAGGGGAACUGUCCCCCUCUCCUCUACCCUCCAAAGAGGACUCUGUCACUGAGGAGAAAGAGAUGGAGGAGAGCAAACAGGAGAGCAUUGAUGGAGGAGCAGCGGGAUCAAGUAGCAUCCCACCAAAAGUCAACAAUCGGCUUCAGCCGGUCAGCGUUCCUUAUGGAGGGGCGCGACCAAAGCAGCCGGUUAACCUCAAGCUCCAGAUUCCACAGCCAGUGUCGGGCCAGAUCCAGAACCAGCUUGGCCCUUCUGUCAGCAAGAACAAGAACCUGGAGAACCAGUGUCGAAGACUCGCUCCAUCGGAAACGGCACUUGGUGGGACUGAUCAGCAUGCUGCUGGGGUGAAUAGAGUUGCUGCUGUGAACGCUCCCUCCCUGGUGCCUUCAGGGAGCCCAGACAAUGACCUCCAGGCAGGCCAGCAGGGCGCUCUGUGCAGGAAAGCUGCCACCUCCCUGGGAGAGGUGGCCCCUGUGUGGGUGCCUGACUCCCAGGCUCCCGUCUGUAUGAAAUGUGAUGUCAAGUUCACGUUCACCAAGAGGAGGCACCACUGCAGGGCCUGUGGCAAGGUGUUCUGUGCAGCGUGCUGCAGUCUGAAGUGCAAGCUCAUGUACAUGGACAGGAAGGAGGCCCGCGUCUGUGUCACCUGUCAUUCUGCUCUGAUGACCAGCGAGCAUCCACCUCAGUCAUGGGAGACUCCAGCCUCUGGAAGCAACCAGAGUCCCAACCCCAACAAUCCAGCGGAGUACUGCUCCACCAUCCCCCCUCUGCAGCAGGCGCAGGCCUCUGGGGUGCUCAGCUCGCCUCCUCCCACCGUCAUGGUGCCCGUGGGAGUGCUGAAACAGACUGGCAACGAGGGGUCCCUCUCACGGGAGCAGAGGAGGGUGUGGUUUGCAGAUGGCGUCCUACCUAACGGAGACGCAGCGGAGUCUCCCAAACCUUCAGCCUCCAGCCCAGCCCCCUCCCACUCGCUGGCCAUUUCCACGUAUUCUAACAAAUCCAGCACGUCUGAUGCCUCGGAGGCGGCCCAUGUACCUGUUGCCCCGGUGGGCAGCCCCGUGGGCAGCUCCCUCAGCCUGAUCCCGGAGGAUGGGCUCCCUCCCAUUCUCAUAUCCACUGGAGUCAAAGGAGGUACGGGAGGCCACAUCACAGACUAUGCUGUGGAGGAGAGGCCAUCGGAGAUUGUCCUUAUGCAGCAGCUGGAGGAAGGAGGUCCAGAUCCUUUGGUGUUUGUGCUCAAUGCUAAUCUACUCGCUAUGGUCAAGCUCGUCAACUAUGUAAACAGGAAGUGCUGGUAUUUCACAACAAAGGGAAUGCACGCGGUCGGCCAGGCAGAGGUGGUCGUUCUGCUGCAGUGUCUUCCUGAUGAGAAAACCAUCCCUAAAGACGUCUUCACCCACUUUGUGCAGCUCUACCAGGAGGCCCUCACUGGCAACGUCCUGAGCCACCUGAGCCACUCGUUCUUCACUCAGAGCUUUCUGGGCAGUAAAGAGCAUGGUGGCUUCCUCUACAUCAGUCCUUCCUUCCAGUCACUGCAGGACCUCAUGCUGCCGAACCCGCCCUACCUCUUUGGCAUCUUGAUACAGAAGUGGGAGGCGCCCUGGGCCAAGGUCUUCCCCAUUCGACUCAUGCUGCGGCUGGGUGCAGAGUACCGAUUUUAUCCUUGUCCGCUGUUCAGUGUGCGCUUCAGAAAGCCGCUCUUUGGCGAGACCGGUCACACAAUCAUGAAUCUGCUUGCAGACUUCCGUAACUACCAGUACACGCUACCAGUGGUGAAGGGUCUGGUUGUGGACAUGGAAGUAAGAAAGACGAGCAUCAAGGUCCCCAGUAAUCGCUACAACGAGCUCAUGAAGGCUAUGAACAAGUCCAACGAACACGUGCUGGCCAUGGGGGCGUGUUUCAACGACCGCGCCGACUCCCACCUGGUGUGCGUCCAAAACGACGACGGGAACUACCAGACGCAGGCCAUCAGCAUCCACCACCAGCCGCGCAAAGUUACUGGAGCCUGCUUCUUUGUGUUCAGCGGUGCUUUGAAAGCCUCGUCGGGCUUCUUGGCCAAGACCAGUAUUGUGGAAGAUGGUGUGAUGAUCCAGAUCACGGCUGAGACCAUGGACUCGCUGCGACAAGCCCUGAGGGACAUGAAGGACUUCACCAUCACGUGCGGUAAAGCAGACCAGGAGGAGAACCAGGAGCUCGUCCACAUCCAGUGGACGGAGGAUGACCACAACUUCAACAAGGGCGUGAUCAGUCCUAUCGAUGGCAAGUCCAUGGAGUCCAUCACCAGCGUCAAGAUCUUUCAUGGCUCCGAGUUCAAGGCCAACGGCAAAGUCAUCCGCUGGACAGAGGUGUUCUUCCUGCAGAGUGAAGACCAACCCAGCGGUGUGAGUGACCCGGCCGACCACAGCCGGCUGACGGAGAAUGUGGCGCGAGCGUUCUGCAUGGCGCUGUGUCCGCACCUCAAACUGCUCAAAGAAGACGGCAUGGCUAAACUGGGACUGAGGGUCACGCUGGAUUCUGACCAGGUGGGUUAUUUAGCAGGAAGUAACGGCCAGCCUCUCCUGCCUCAGUAUCUGAGUGACCUGGACAGCGCUCUGAUCCCCGUCAUCCACGGUGGAGCCUGCCAGCUGAGCGAGGGCCCCAUGGUCAUGGAGCUGAUCUUCUACAUACUGGAGAUCAUCUCCUAGGAGUCGAACACCAAAAUCUUGUUUCACCUUGUAACGUCAUCUCACAGCUCGUUCCUCAGUCCCUCCCUUUGUCACCUCUUAAACCAUUUGCACUUCAAAGGAGCCUGAAAACUGUGCCGUGCCAGGCGGGGUAGCAUUUUUCCAAUCAGCCUAUGCAUCCAGCCACCGUGUGCUCUGCUCCAGAGGUCGCCUGGGGCCUGAGGAUCAUCAGUCAUCUAUCGCCUCACCUGUCGGGUUCUUUUGAUCUCUGAGCUCCAGAGGUUUCACUGGGUUCGUCCCAAUAACCACACCGUAAUUGUGAGUAGUGCUAUUAAGUGCCUGCAGAAGGGGCGGGUCUCUGCUGAGUGUCAGUGUGAUGGAAAUUUCUAAUCUGCUCAAUCAUGCAGUGAAACCAUUCAGGAGCAGUUAAAGACACCAAGUUAUGUACAAGCAAAAACAUGCCACUUCAUGAUUGAAAUGAAUCAUGAAGUAGUCGGGUUGAAAUGGAGCAACGCCCAUCUGUGGAUCUUCUAUUGAUGAGAUAAUGAGUGAUUAUGCGCUGAUGUCUGCUGGCGGGUGGACGGACUGGGUGUCUCACUCCAGUGUGGUGUCAUGUAGCUCCUCGGUGUCCUGUUUGCACCAUCACUGUGGCCAGAGGUCCUGAAGUGCCGAACUCAAAGGCCCCUGUGUAGCACAGAUGCUUCAGAAAAGACCCCCUGAUGGGAAACUAGAAAACGAGGAGGGAGACGGCGCCUCUGUGUGGUGGUUUAGUUUUUUGCACUGCGGUGCUGUCUGCCUGCUGCAGAUGCAUGAGGGCAAAAACUAAACCACACUCAGCUUCACGUCUUAAGCUUUACUCAUCAAUCACCAGAUGCUUUUAUGUCAUGGACAGAUGCAUUUGUCGUACAUAUUUUUUGUAGGUAGAGCGCUUCUCCUCCAUUAUAACCUCGUAGCCUCCAGAGAUCUCACUGAACGACAGUAUUACCACCAACUCCUAGUUUCUACAGACAAGAGCUGAAUAGAAAGGUUCCAGUGCUUUAUUUACGAACUCAAACAAUCUGUACAUAAAGAUGACACUUUUUAAUCACACCAAUCCAAAAGAUUAGUGCUCUGUGUUCAUCCAGCAGUGGUUGGAAGGAACUGAUUUUGGUGUCUAAUCCUACAAAGAGAAUAACUGUUAAAGAUGUAAAAUAUAAAUAUAUAUAUAUAUAUAUAUAUAGUAUAUAAAUAUAAAUUCUAUAAGGACUGUGUAAAAAUUGCAGAAGCAGUGCACUGGAUUCUAAGCCAUUUACCAGAGUGAGUGCAAACGUUGGAGUUGCUGCGACCGUGUCCAGGAAAACGAAAAGAAAAUCAGUAAAGACCGGGGAUUCCUGCAAGAAGGGUCGCACCAACCUGAAGCUGAAUGUAUCUCCUCUCACGACUCCUGAAAUCAUCAAGAACUGUGUAGGAACCCUGUGCUUGUUGAAAACGUCAACACACGCUGGACCUGUAAACGGUCGACGCCGUCGCUCCCUGCAGCCCGUUCGGCUGCUGCUUCGACAUGGACCUGGAAACCAAGAAUGUAUUCCUCCCGUUUGUUUGAAUCUGCAGCGUGUUUUUGCUUUUGGCUACACUCUUCACCAAAAAGCUCUGUGUCGUCACAAUGCUCUGUACAGGGAUCGCUAUGAUCUGCGUCAUAGUUACUUCUCCAUCUUUGCUCCUCCUCGUACCGGCAGAGCAGGACCAGAGGUUUUGUUGAAGCAUUUUAUUGGAGAAAACUCUUGUCAUCAAAUGAGAAUUAGACAAUCACAUGAAAAAAGAGCUGACGCAUCGAUUAUUGCUUAGAUCUGUAGCGAUUUUGUGUUAAUUUCACCCAAUUUCAAGUAUUUCAGAAGCUACUGUAGCAAAGUUAUUCUAGUACUAGUAUGAGGUUAAAGGUCACCAGUUCUAGGUCAAUAUACUGUGAUCAUACCAGAGUCGGUGUCACUCAAUCACUGUGUCCUCACUGUGAUGCUGUUUUUAUAAAUUAGCAUGAUGACGAGGUCAUUUCUUUUCUGUCCCGUAUUCAUGUUCAUGUUUUCAUGCUUUUAUUUCUGGCCUUGUCUGAUGUGCAAUAUGAUCCAAAAAUCCAACAAAUGGUGCAAUUUGACUCAAAAGUAGCAUUUUCUUUGGUAUUCUGUUGUAAUCUGUUCAUCUGUAACACUGCAUGCAAACUGAACCGAGCUAAGCGGGAAGAAAUGUCCGCCUUCAGUUGUCAACAAGGUUCUUCUUUUGUUUUUUUUUUAUGUCUAACGUUUGAAAAAGCCAAAAACCCUGUACAUCUUUUUUUCUUUACACUACAAAUGUUUAAACUGUAGUAUAUGUAAAAUAAAACUCAAAUUUGAAACAA